CGUCUGUGGCUGGAGCCGGCACUGCACUGCAGUGAGCCCAUGGCCUGUGUGCCCUGUCUGGAGGCGCGUGUGCGCCUGGCCUUGGCACCUGCCGCCAGAACCACCAGUGCCACCGAAACCCACCACUCCGUGCUGCUAGGGAUCCCUGGGGCAGAGGAUGGCAGUGGCGGGGGACAGUGGUCACCAGUGGCUGGGGUCACUUUGUCCCAGCCCAAUGUCACUGGGCUGCUGCUGCUCUCAGGGCACACAUUUGCCUCCUCCCGCUGUGUGGCCGUGGAGGUCUGGGCACCUCUGGCCCCCACCCAGCGCAACCGAACCCUGGGUUGGGUGAUCUUCCGGUGCUUCGAGGCACCGCUGGGCUCUGAGCUCCACGUCACGGCGUACACAAACUCACGUGGACAGCGGAGUCUGAGCCGGCAGAAGCGGGUGCCAGACUGCUCAUGGCCCCCGGCACAGGCUGCUGUCCCCCAGUGCCAAGUGCCCAGGCUGCGGAUCUCCCCAGGGCAGAAGGAGGUGGUUGUGGAGGUGCAAGGGGCUGUGGCAGGGCACAGCUACACGCUCUGGCUCUACCACAACCGAAGCCACAGUACUGGUGGGCUGGGGCAUGCAGUGACUGUGAGCAGACUCAUGAACUACAGCCUGCCUGCCGAUGAGGUGCUGCCCUGCCUCUGCCUGCAGGUCUGGCUGGAGACCCAGGACCCACUCAGGGCCACCCUGUGCCCCUUCUCGCAUGAUGCCAAGGCCUGGGAGCGACUGUGGAUGCAGAGCCAUCUGGUCCUGCACACUGAGGGGCAGGUGCUGACCUGCUCCCUCUCAGCCCCCUGCGACCUCCCAGCCAAGCUGGUGCCCUGCUGGCAGCCAGUGCCCUCCGGGCCCUGCCAACCCCUCCCUGGCCUGCAGCAGCCCACCAUAGGGCAGGGACCCCAGGAGUUUGGAAGGCUGCGGCCACACCCCAACCUCUGUGUGCAGGUAGGACACCUCUCUGCUCCACAGCUGCCCCAUGGGCAGCCCCACAGGCAGCCCCAGGCACUGCUAACCCGCUCUCUGGGGCAGGUGUGGAGUGGUGGGCAGGUCCGGUUGAUCCAGUGCCUGCGGGACCGAGCGCUGCCCGGCCGCCCCGAUGACCUCCUGCUGCUGGAGCGUGGGGGGAAUGCCUCGCUGUGCGCUGUGGAGCAGGAUGCCUGCACGCCCCUCGCCAGCUUCACCAGCACGGGAAGGGGGCGCCCCGGGCUGCUGGAGCAGGAUCUGCAGCGGGAUGUGGCAGCAGGGCAGUGCUGGCAGAUCUGGCACCCUGAAAACAGCACCGAGGUCGUGCUCUGGGCCUGUCCCAUGCACAAGUACCUGCGUGCCCGCUGGGCACUGGUGUGGAUGGGGGUGCUGCUGGCAGCUGCCUGUCUCCUACUCCUGCUCGUGCUGAAGAAGGAGGACGUGAAAGGAUGGCUGAAGUCACUGAGGGCUGGUUAUGGCUCUGAGGGUCCCCUGCAAGGCCGGCGGGCACUGCUGGUACACGCGGCGGAGCCGGCGGCGGAGCGGGCGGCGUGUGCCUUGAUGGCAGCUCUGCGCCCACUGGGGCUGCUGGUGGUGGCAGCACCAGGGGGUGGCAGCGGGGUAGCGGCGUGGGGACCACUGCCCUGGCUGCACGCCCAGCACCGCAGGGCACUGCGUGACGGUGACACCAUCAUCUUCCUCCUCUCUCCUGCCGCAGUGGCUGCUGCACAACAGUGGGACACGGGGGCCAGGGUUGUGCUGGAGGCUGGGGCUGCUGAAAGCAGCCUCAUCCCCCAGCACAGCCCUGGCCCUGCUGAUGUCCCAGCCGUGGCACCCUGUGAGGUGUUUGCGGCAGCUCUGUCCUGUGCCAUGCCGGCACUGGCGGCGGGCACUGGGCGCUACAUGGUGGUCCAGCUGGAGGCCUUGGUGCCGGCAGUGCCCCCAGCACUGCAGGCAGCCCCUGCCUUUGCACUGCCCACUGAGAUGGGGGGGUUCCUCUGUUGCCCACCCGGCACCUAUGGCCCGGACUGCCGGUCUGUCAGCCGGCUGGUCUCUCCCCGUGUAGCCUGCGCUGGUGGGCCCCGGCAGCCCUGCAGCGGCAAUGGGCGAUGCGAUGGCGACGGCACGCGCCGCGGCACCGGCCUCUGUGUCUGCAGCCCGGGCUAUGGCGGCCCCUUCUGCGCCGAGUGUGGUGAUGGCUACUACGAGGCCUCGCGGAACAAGAGCCACCUGAUGUGUGCUGAGUGCUACCAGGCAUGCGGGCGCUGCACGGGGCCCGAGGACUCCAGCUGCCUUCGCUGCAAGAGGGGCUGGGUACUGCACGAGCACCGCUGCAUCGACAUCGACGAGUGUGGCACAGAGAUGGCGCAUUGCCGAGCCAACCAGUACUGCGUCAACACGGAGGGCUCCUACGAGUGCCGAGACUGCUCCACGGCUUGCAUCGGCUGCAUGGGUGCCGGACCGGCUCGCUGCAAGAAAUGCAACAAGGGCUACUGGCGGGAUGGAGCCAAGUGCCUGGAUGUGGACGAGUGUGCCAGCGCCGAGGAGCCGGUGUGCACCGGAGCACAGGAGGUGUGUGAGAACACGGAGGGCAGCUACCGCUGCGUCUGCGCCCAAGGCCACGUCCGCCGGGAUGGGCAGUGUGUCGAGGACAAGCCCCCUGAUGCCCCGGAGAAAGGCUUCUUUGAUGACGUGACCGACGACGAGGUGGUGGUGCUGCAGCAGAUGUUCUUUGGUGUGAUGAUCUGUGCACUCGCCACGCUGGCUGCCAAGGGCGACAUGGUCUUCACCGCCAUCUUCAUCGGUGCCGUGGCUGCCAUGGCUGGCUACUGGCUCUCUGACCGCAGCGACCGUGUCCUCGAUGGCUUCAUGAAGGGCAGAUAGCUCUGGGGCUGCUGGGCAUGAAUGGGGAGGCGGGCUCAGCCUGAGGUGUGGGGCCCCCCCCAGCAGGGCUAGCUGACGAGGCUGCAUCCUGCACACAGUGCUGUGCCCUGCAUGCAUCCCCCAGCCCCGCCUUAGCGUAGGAUCUCGUUUUCUCCCCCCUGCAGAAAGAGCCAGGGGUACCUGAUCCCAGGGGCUCCCACACAGCCUUCUCUGUCUGGAGGGGUGAUGCCAGGCAGUGUGGCACUGUGUGGGGGGCACAGCAUGCUGCUUCCAGCCCCUCGUACUCUAAAGGAGAGACCUGGACUCGUGGCAGGUGGAGGUGGGGGGAGAGGUGAGAGGGUGAUCCUGCUACCUGCCCCCAGGCUGGGGCUGCUGGCCCUGUAGGACCCCCCCUCCCAUAAGGCCAUUCCCUGUGGGGCAGUGAAGGGCUAGGUCCCCCCUCUGCCCUGAGCUGUGGGGCUGG